AUGGGAAACUUAGCCAUGCUCACAGGAGAUCGGGGAAGGAUAGACCUGGGAAUAAGUGCUCAUGCUACGGUUGAACAAGCCUCAGUUGCACAUCGAAGACGGAGACAUCGAACCACGAUUUACAACGGGAUCGAAGACGAGCUCGAUCCAGUACGUCAAGACUAUAAUGAGGAUGAAGAAAACGUGGUCUUAUGGCGCAUGAACCAAGAGGUUUAUAAGCCAAAAUUUGUUACCAAACAUACUUGGGAACAUAUAAGAUCGAUUAAGCCAAAAGUGUCAUGGGCGAAGGGUAUAUGGUUCAGUCGUAACACUCCAAAGUUUGCUUCCAACGCAUGGGUGACGGUUCUCGACAGACUACCUACCGGUGCCAGAAUGCAAAAAUGGAAUGCUAAUAUUUCUGCUGAUUGUGUGCUCUGUCAUCAACACACUGAGACAAGGGACCAUCUUUAUUUCUUAUGCCCGUAUUCUAAGCAGGUCUGGGAAAAUCUGGCGUUGGGUCUGCUAAUGGGACGAAAUCCUGGCUUUGCUAACCAGUUCAAGCUGGCCCAAAUUGCAAAGCUACACGAUCGAGUACCAGUUCCAGACGACUCUCUAUCAUUUAUGGAGAGAAAGGAACACUCGGAGGCACGAGGGUUCACUUUCAACACCGCAGAAACUGAUCAGAGACAUUGA